AUGAUACCAGCACCAACCGAUACUGAAGCUCUAGCUAAUAGAAUCAAUCUACAUACAAGAGAUGCUCAUAAUAAAGUGGAUACUAGAUUAUCCAUCAAAAUGGCAUUUGUUAUGAGGCAUGAUUUUAUUUACAUUGAUAUCUUGAAAAAUUUUUACCUAAUAUUUAAUACUAUUGAACAGAAUAUUGAUCAUAUUUUGACAUAUGAAUCAAAUGAUGAUCGACUUUUAAAGUCUCGUCAGGUUUUGAAACAGUUUUAUAUAGAUGAAUUUAGGAGAUCUGAAAAUAUCUCAAAGGAUUUAGCUUUUUUCGGAGUAGAUUCUAAACAGUUAUUACAGGAUAAGAUCGAAGAAAAUUUACCACCUAAAUUAAGUGAAUUUCUCGAAUAUAUUGAAUAUAAUGUUAAAAAGGAUCCAUUAACCGUAUUAGCAUAUUGCCAUGUUUUAUAUUUGGCACUCUUUGCCGGUGGAAGAAUCUUUAGAUCCUCAUUUAUGAGAAAUAUAGGAUUUUUGGGUAAUUAUAAAUCUGAUUUGUCUCAACGUGAACUAAUAAUGAGAGCAACUAAUUUUUUCCAAUUUGACGAAUCUGCCCAACAAGAGAUAAAAUUGAAAUUAAAAUAUAAGGAAAAGUUCGAAUUAUCAACAAGGAACACCUUAACUGAACCAGAAAAAUUGAUCAUUAUCAAUACGUCACGAGACAUAUUCAGAUAUGUUUACAAUAUCUUUGAAGAGAUUAGUAAACUCAAUCGUGAAAGAUUACUAUCUUUUAAAGAUUUCAAAAUUAUAAGUUUCCUUCUAGAUGAAUGGAGAUAUGAUAAUGAUAAUAGUAAGUCAAAGUCACUUAAAUUGAUAUUUUUCAUUAUCAAAUAUUCAUUAUUAAUAUUAUCGAUAUUCAUCCUAUGGAAACUAAUCGGGCUAGCCCAAUCUUCUAUCAAAUAA